AGAUCACCCAGCGCAAGUCAGAGGCGGCUGGUGUGGCAGAGGGAUACAAGGCCUACCUGGAGGGCAGGUGCGUGCAGUGGCUGGGCAUCUACCUGGAGAACGGGAAGGAGACGCUGCAGCGCGCAGACCCCCCGAAGGCACACGUGACCCACCACCCCACUUCUGACCGUGAGGCCACCCUGAGGUGCUGGGCCCUGGGCUUCUACCCUGCGGAGAUCUCCCUGACCUGGCAGCGGGAUGGGGAGGACCAGACCCAGGACAUGGAGCUGGUGGAGACCAGGCCUGCAGGGGACGGAACCUUCCAGAAGUGGGCGGCCGUGGUGGUGCCUUCUGGAGAGGAGCAGAGAUACACGUGCCACGUGCAGCACGAGGGGCUGCCUGAGCCCCUCACCCUGAGAUGGGAGCCGCGUCCUCAGUCACCCCUUCUCAUCGUGGGAAUCGUCGCUGGCCUGGUUCUCCUUGGAGUUCUGGUCACGGGAGCCAUUGUGAUCUGGAGGAGGAGCUCAGGAGGAAACUACUCUCAGGCUGCCUGCAGCGACAGUGCCCAGGGCUCUGAUGUGUCUCUCACGGCUCCUAAAGUGUGAGACGGCGGCCUGUGAGGACAGAGGGACACGGGAUUGCUCAGUCUCUGCACCCGCCACUGUGACGUCAGUGGCCCCG